CGUGUUCAACAACUUCGUCACUUUACACUUCUUGUGUGUUGGAGCAAAUGGAAACAAAUCUUUCAAGCCACUCCAAUAAAGUCAACUUGGAAUCAUAUUGGGAUUGUAGUGUUUGCACGUUUACAAAUAAGCCUGAAGCAUUCAAGUGCGGUAUGUGUGACGUACGAAAGGGAACGUCCACCAGAAAACCAAAACUUAACCAGCAAAUGGUAGCUCAACAGGUAGCCCAAAAGUUUGCACCUGCAAUGAUGAACAGUAGAAAAUUGAAUGGACGUAAAAUAUCACGAAAGACACGGCCUCGCCUUAAGAAUGUUGAUCGAAACAGUGCAGAGGAAAUAACAGUGACUGUUGGAAAUAUUACAGUUACAAUUACCGAUUACAAAGUUCUUCCAAGUGACUCCAUUGUCACAUUAUCUGAUUCAUUAACACAGUCAGCAUCAAACAAUUCUUUAGACAGUUCUCCUGCCAGUUCAGAAGCAACUGUGGAAAAUUAAAAACAACUGAUGAUGGCAUUUUAUUAUUUUUUAUGCUUGACAUAUGUAACUAUAUAUUUAUUGUCUAUUUUUUUAGAACUGUUCAUAAUUGCUAGUUUGACAACUGUUAAUUAGUUAAUUUGCAAAAUAGGAAUGUUUUUUAAUUAUCAGGACUGGAAAAAGGCAACAUACUUUUACAUAAAAACUUUUAGCAGCUGGAAUUUUUUCACAUUGUUAUUAAUCCUUAAAAUAAGGACCAUAUGCACUAAGGAAAACGACUAAAGUCAAUAAUAGAUGGCAGGAUAAUUUGUUUGUAAUAAUUUGAAUAUACAUGAUUCCUUUUACACUA